AAUUCACGCCAUUUCCUUGAUCCUCUUUUCAUUUCAAGUGAAAACCCAGGAAAUCAGUUCCCCCGCCGGAGAACAGCCAACACCGCUGCGGCUAUCUUUUCGUCACCGUCGCUUUCUUCCUCUUCUCUCAUCGGGAUUGUCAUUAUCGCAGAAAAACAGCAUGAAUUUUGCAUCAUCGUUGUGCAGAAGAUUGAAUAUCAAGGAACUUGUGACAAAUGUUCCUGUCUACAGAAGCACUGCCGAUGUUUCUGGAGAGGGGUUGAGUCUAGUUUUCCGCCGUUGGGCUACCAAAAAGACAGCUGGGUCCACAAAAAAUGGACGCGAUUCAAAACCUAAGAACCUUGGAGUGAAGAAAUUUGGUGGAGAGAGGGUAAUACCUGGAAACAUCAUUGUUAGGCAACGUGGUACUCGUUUUCAUCCAGGAAACUAUGUUGGAUUGGGGAAAGAUCAUACUCUUUUUGCUUUGAAAGAGGGAUGGGUGAAGUUUGAACGCAACAAGCUGACUGGUCGCAAGUGGGUGCAUGUUGAGCCUAAGGAAGGUCAUGUCCUCCACCCCGUGUUUGCCGAUGUUUCUGCAUCUGAACCAAAAGUUGGUGUCGCAAUCUGACCAAGUUCACGCAUGAUCAAAGUUUUUAUCAGUGAUCAAUUUUUUUGGCUUAUGUGAGCUCCUAAAUGUUCCAACUCUGAAGUGUGUUGUUUUUCACAUGGUUUUCUACUGAGAGCAUUUAAUGGGUUGAUUCUAGAAGGAAUUAGUAGUUGGUGCUUCAGUUUUAUGCCAUUUUUUUAUUUGUCAAAAUGUUAUAUAACCAAUCAGUUGGUUAACAUUUGUUUUGGUUGAAUAGUUGUAUAAAGAGGUAUUUGCGGACCUAAAUAAUUCCUUCGAUUUUUAACCUUUGAA